AUGCGGACGACGCGCGCGCGCGCGGCGGGGCGCCCGCGCGCGCCCGCGCGCGGACGCGGACGCGGGCGAACGACGGGCGCGGGGGCGGUUCGGCGCGAUCUGUGUCGAUUGCCGGGAGAUCCGUCGCUCGUGGUGCACACGAAUGUGGCGAUGGGGGAUAAGAAGCGGGCAUUCUUGCUCGCGGCGUCGCGCUCGAUCGCGGAGACGCUGAAGAAACCGGAGAGUUACGUCGCGGUGUGCGCGAUGGAUGAGCUGGAUGUGAUAUGGGGAGGGACGAGCGAUCCGUGCGCGCUGUGUCGGGUGACGUCGCUCGGGUCGAUAAACUUGGAGAAUAACAGAGAGCUGAGCGAGGAUCUGUGCGAGUUGUUGGGAGAGUUCGGGAUCGAUGGAAAGCGAGUGUACAUCACGUUCGAAGAUAUUCCGAGGGAGAACAUGGGGUACGAUUCGGCGACGUUCGCGGGAUGA